CUUAUUCAAGGCAGGGGAUCCUCGCAGCAGCAUAGCUGAAUCUCAGCACGUUCAGACAGGAUACCAAGAGAUUCCACAUAGCCUUCCCUCCCACUCAGGAUGAGAAGCCUAUACAGCCAAUUGGCCCUGUGGAAGCUGAGAAUUCCUAAACAUCCACAGAAGGUGGCAGUCCAGUGCAGGUGACUGGACACUGCAGGCACAUGUCAGUGGACAGAGCUUUGUUUCAACAGAGACAUAAGUAGCACCUGGAGCACCUGGUGAAGCUCACGACAAGGAGGGAUUCCUUAGGGCUGGGAAGGCACAAAAAUGAAAAGGGAGACUGCUCUCUGGAUGGUUGCCUGCUUACUGUUUGCCUCUCUACCCAGAGGUCAACCAGACACAACAUGCCAUGCAUUUGUUGGAGAAACUGUUGUUUUGCCUUGCACCACCACCUCUCCUGGAGAGCUGAUCCUUUCCAAUUCAAUGCUCUACUGGCAGAUAGACUCUGUCUUAGUGCACUUUUUUCACAAUGGGCAGGAUUCGCUGAAGUUGCAGGACAAACGCUACCAUGGCAGAACUAGUCUUUUUUUGGACCAGAUGAAGUAUGGCAACCUUUCCUUAAAGCUCUCCAAUGUCCAAUUACCGGACACAGCUGUAUACGACUGCAUCUACAAACAGACUGGGGAUCAUCCCAACGAAACACAGAAAUCUAAAAUUAAACUCAUUGUAACAGCUCCACCGAGCAUAGAGGAGGCACCUUCCCCUUCUGGACACAGUCAGAUUUCCUCCAGAAGCCCUGCUGAUGUGCCAUAUCUGGCAAUGCUUCCCCUCUCUUUCCACCUCUUGGUCACACUCGGGGUUUGGCACUUGUAACUGGGGAAACCAACUUUCUCUUUGGAAAGUUCUCCUCACCAGAGGACCUCGCUGGGCAGAACACCUCUGUAGGGUUAGCAUGACAACUGUUCCAGAAUCACAUGAAAGAAAUACUGAAAACUGAAAGAAAAACUGAAAUCGGACCUAGCACUAGGUGUUCAUGUCCUGCAUUUUGGUGUUUCAAAAAACCAAAGGCAGCAAAUUCAGAGAUGGCAAGUCUGCUUCUUCAUUUGUUUCUUGGAGCUUAGUUUUAGUGCUGCCAGUAUGAACAUUUUAUUUUGGAUUUUGUGGUUUUGCGUUAAUGACAGGAUAAAAGACUCACAAAACUACAAGGUCACAUUGCAAUUGACCCUAGUGAGAUCUUUCGCCUAGUAUCUCACCUGCUGUCCUUCAAUGGAAUUGAAAGGAGAAGAGGCAAUUAAAUUCUGUGUCCGCUGAAAACUGGAAGUUGGAAGACAUCCGCGUUUUGUGAAAUAUAAGGAAACCUUGUGAAACUUGAGCCUGUGGAACUUUAGCGACCAUUUUUAACCUUAAGCGUCAUAGGCUAUCAGCAACAACUUUUUUUCCACAAGAAAUGUAGUAUUUCUUCAGCGGAAGGGUGAAGCUGACCGAGAAACAUAAUGCAAGUUCAGAAAACAACAUAAAGGAAGGAAGUGAUGUAUUAUUACAAAAUCCACUUCUAAUUAAGUCAAAAGCUUUAGACAGCUGAAUUCAGUAUUUUUUGUCAUGAAACACAGCAAGGUAAAAAUGAUCAUCCUGCAAAAGCUGGAUUCUUGGGCUAGAACUGUGCAAUAGGAAAUUGUUACUGUGACAAUGUUACUUCUUUAAAAACAGUAUCUUUGGAGGAAAAAAGAACUAAAAACCUGUCAGAAUAAUUGUAACUGAUACCUAUGCAAAUUAAAUGGGCUUAGUUCUGGACACAUUUGAUUCAGGUAGCACAGAUGUCCUGUGUAAAACUAAGAUUGAUAGGAUCCUGUAUACCAGCAACAUCAAGAAAGUGCAUAAGUUUUGUUUCAGGCCAGAGCUGCUGCAACCACCCUAUUACAGAACCGAGAAGCAUCCGGAGAACUGCUCACCCCGGCUGGUGAGCAGCGGUGACUGCAAGGCACUCCUCCUGGCUGAGCCCUCAGGCAGAGGGAAGUGACUCACAAGGAUGCAUAUAAAGCCGUUUUGAUUUGGAACAGUUCUACCCUCUUUCCAAAGAAAAGACAGGAUUGUUUUUGCAAGGAAGGAAGCAGAAUAAAAUAUAGCUUAAAUGGUAUCCGUUGAGGUAAAGGUGAUAGUUACCUUUGACUUUCUUAACAAAGGGCCCUUUCCCCAUGGUGGGGCAAAGAGACAAAACUCCAAGCACAGCCUGUGCUGCUGCUGUGGACAAGCUCGGUUGGUACUUAGGCUACCCUGGGUACAGAGCAGCUUAGCAUAACUGCUGGGGUCCCACUUCACGGAAAGAUUUAAAUAUAAGAAUUGUACAUACUGUGAUUGUCUUUUUGUGUCCUACCUUCCAAAUGUUUAUCAGA